GGCGCGGGGCGGGCCGGGGGCGGGGGCGCAGGGCGGCCCAUUUCCUCCCGGGAGCCGGACGGACGGGCGGGAGACAAAGCGGCGGCCGUCGGCUUGGCGCCUCAGGAGUUGUCGCGCGCUCGCCCCGCUCUCCGCAGAAAUGACUGCUGUGCACACAGGCAACAUAAACUUCAAAUGGGACCCCAAAAGCCUGGAGAUUAGGACUCUGGCUGUCGAAAGACUGUUGGAGCCUCUUGUUACGCAGGUUACAACCCUGGUAAACACCAAUAGUAAAGGGCCCUCUAAUAAAAAGAGAGGCCGUUCUAAGAAGGCCCAUGUUUUGGCUGCAUCUGUUGAACAAGCAACUGAGAAUUUCUUGGAAAAGGGAGAUAAAAUUGCAAAAGAGAGCCAGUUUCUCAAGGAGGAGCUUGUGGCUGCUGUAGAAGAUGUUCGAAAACAAGGAGAUUUGAUGAAGAGUGCUGCUGGGGAGUUUGCAGAUGACCCAUGCUCUUCUGUGAAGCGAGGCAACAUGGUCCGCGCAGCUCGAGCUUUGCUCUCUGCCGUGACCCGGCUGCUGAUCCUGGCUGACAUGGCAGAUGUCUACAAAUUACUUGUUCAGCUGAAAGUUGUAGAAGAUGGUAUAUUGAAACUGAGGAAUGCUGGCAAUGAACAAGACUUAGGGAUACAGUACAAGGCUCUGAAACCAGAAGUGGAUAAGCUGAACAUCAUGGCAGCGAAAAGACAGCAGGAACUGAAAGAUGUGGGCCAUCGUGAUCAGAUGGCUGCAGCUAGAGGAAUCUUGCAGAAGAAUGUUCCAAUCCUCUACACUGCAUCCCAGGCGUGCCUGCAACACCCUGAUGUCGCAGCUUACAAGGCCAACCGGGACUUGAUAUACAAGCAGCUGCAGCAGGCUGUCACAGGAAUUUCUAAUGCAGCCCAAGCUACUGCAUCCGAUGAUGCUGCCCAGCACCAAGGUGGCGGCGGUGGAGAGCUGGCAUAUGCUCUCAACAACUUUGAUAAACAAAUCAUUGUGGACCCCUUGAGCUUCAGCGAGGAGCGCUUUAGGCCUUCACUGGAGGAGCGCCUGGAAAGCAUUAUUAGUGGAGCUGCCCUGAUGGCUGACUCGUCUUGCACACGUGAUGACCGGCGUGAGCGCAUUGUGGCCGAGUGUAAUGCUGUCCGCCAGGCUCUACAGGACCUGCUCUCAGAGUACAUGGGCAAUGCUGGACGUAAAGAAAGAAGUGAUGCACUCAACUCUGCAAUAGAUAAAAUGACCAAGAAGACCAGGGACUUGCGUAGACAGCUUCGCAAAGCUGUCAUGGACCAUGUAUCAGAUUCUUUCCUGGAGACCAACGUCCCUCUUUUAGUGCUGAUUGAAGCUGCAAAGAAUGGGAAUGAGAAAGAAGUUAAGGAGUAUGCCCAAGUUUUCCGUGAACAUGCCAACAAACUGAUUGAGGUUGCCAACUUGGCCUGUUCAAUCUCCAAUAACGAAGAAGGUGUAAAGCUCGUCCGGAUGUCUGCAAGCCAGUUAGAAGCGCUCUGUCCUCAGGUCAUCAAUGCUGCAUUGGCUUUAGCAGCGAAGCCACAGAGUAAGCUGGCCCAAGAGAACAUGGACCUUUUUAAAGAGCAGUGGGAGAAGCAAGUGCGUGUCCUCACAGAUGCUGUUGAUGACAUCACUUCCAUUGAUGACUUCUUGGCUGUCUCAGAGAACCACAUUUUGGAAGAUGUGAACAAGUGUGUUAUCGCUCUCCAAGAGAAAGAUGUGGAUGGGCUGGAUCGCACUGCUGGUGCCAUCCGAGGCCGGGCAGCCAGAGUCAUUCAUGUAGUCACCUCAGAGAUGGACAACUACGAGCCAGGAGUUUACACAGAAAAGGUUCUGGAAGCCACCAAACUCCUCUCCAAUACAGUCAUGCCACGUUUCACUGAGCAAGUGGAAGCAGCUGUGGAAGCCCUCAGCUCAGACCCUGCCCAGCCAAUGGAUGAGAAUGAGUUCAUCGAUGCCUCCCGUCUGGUGUACGAUGGCAUCCGGGACAUCCGGAAAGCAGUCCUGAUGAUACGGACCCCCGAGGAGCUGGACGACUCUGACUUCGAGACUGAAGACUUUGAUGUCAGAAGCAGGACAAGUGUCCAGACAGAAGACGACCAGCUGAUAGCUGGCCAGAGUGCCCGGGCGAUCAUGGCUCAGCUUCCUCAGGAACAAAAAGCAAAGAUUGCAGAACAGGUGGCCAGCUUCCAGGAAGAAAAGAGCAAGCUGGACGCUGAAGUGUCCAAGUGGGAUGACAGUGGCAAUGACAUCAUUGUGCUGGCCAAGCAGAUGUGCAUGAUCAUGAUGGAGAUGACUGACUUCACCCGAGGCAAAGGACCACUCAAAAAUACGUCUGAUGUGAUCAGUGCUGCCAAGAAAAUUGCUGAGGCAGGAUCCAGGAUGGACAAGCUUGGCCGCACCAUCGCAGACCACUGCCCAGACUCAGCCUGCAAGCAGGACCUGCUGGCCUACCUUCAGCGCAUCGCUCUCUACUGCCACCAGCUCAACAUCUGUAGCAAAGUCAAGGCUGAAGUACAGAACCUUGGUGGAGAGCUUGUCGUCUCUGGGGUGGACAGUGCCAUGUCCCUGAUCCAGGCAGCUAAGAACUUGAUGAACGCUGUCGUGCAGACAGUGAAGGCGUCCUACGUGGCUUCCACCAAAUACCAGAAGUCACAGGGGAUGGCGUCCCUCAACCUUCCUGCUGUGUCGUGGAAGAUGAAGGCUCCUGAGAAGAAGCCGUUGGUGAAGAGAGAGAAGCAGGAUGAGACGCAGACCAAGAUUAAGCGAGCCUCUCAGAAGAAGCACGUGAACCCCGUGCAGGCCCUCAGCGAGUUCAAAGCCAUGGACAGCAUCUGAGCCCGCACAGCCCGUGGGGUUCUGGGAAGUCACAUGCUUCACUCAGAUGUAUUUGCUAAGUAGAGAACACUGCUGUAUUCCACAGGGAGGUGGCAGAUUUCAAACCAACCAGGUGGUGAAUUUUGCAAGGACAUGUUUGUGUUAAAGCUGGUUAGGAAAAAAAAAAGCUUUUAGAAUUCAAAAAUAUAUUUCUAGCUAUAUUUUUAUAAGCUUAAUGGAAAUAAAAGUUCUGUAACCAAAGAGUACCACAUUAACUUCUUGGUCAGAUUCCUGAGUAGGCUGAGGUGUCUGCUUUCUAGGUUGGUAGGGGUGAGCGCCUGAGGGGAGAGGCUGCCUUCACCUACUGUUGGGCAGUAUGGAAUUAAAUGACCAAGGGUGACCCAGGGUAAACCACGGGUACCUUAAACAGCUGGGGAAGGAAGGUACCAGAAACCUCCUCUGGAGAUAAACUAUAGGAAACAAUAAAACAACAUAUUACCCAGGAAAUUGAUUGUUUUCUUUAUAAAGCAGAAUGAGAAUUAUGCGAGGCUACAGUUACUAAUGGACUCUGCUGCAGGACAUUAAUAGAGUUGCUUUUUUCAGGCUAGAGUGUGUCAUGCUGUAAUCAGAACAUGCUUCCCCCUGUUUUUCCAGCUUGAAAUGCAAAUUCAUCAUCGGGCUCACUUCUAAUAAUCGCAGUGUUUCCUGCUUUGGGCCGGCAAAGAAGCCUGACUGCAUAGUGUUUGCUUAGGCAAUACUUUAGACUCGACCCUAUUUGUGAUUACUAUAGCAAUUACCAUAGCUACCAGAUAAGAUUUUACUGUCUUAUUUAAAUUUCAUGAAUCUGUUUUUUACACUAAUUUUCCCAAUAAAGUCCAUCAUGAACCAA